UAGUGACAGUUUGGUUUGGGGGACAGCCUGAGUGUUUCUCGCUUCACAGAAUGACAAUUCACGGGUUGUUUUGAUGUAACUGAUUACGGCUGCGGUUGAUAUUCCUGUUAUACUGUUUAUCGAAAGCGGAAAUCAUUUCGGAUAAAUAGCAGGUUGACAGCCGAAACCAUGGAGUCCAUGCUCAAUAAGUUAAAGAACACCGUUACCAAGGUGACGGCUGACGUCACUAGCGCAGUGAUGGGAAACCCUGUAACGCGGGAGUUUGAAGUCGGCCGCCAUAUCGCCAGCGGAGGUCCAGGGAUGUGCUGGAGAAUCUACAACGGCACGAAGAAGUCCACCAAGCAGGAAGUUGCAGUCUUUGUAUUUGAUAAGAAGAUUAUUGACAGAUAUCAGAAGUUUGAGAAGGACCAGAUCAUCGAUUCGCUCAAACGAGGAGUUCAGCAGCUAACACGCUUACGACACCCACGUCUUCUCACAGUUCAGCAUCCUUUAGAAGAGUCCAGGGACAGUUUGGCGUUUUGCACAGAGCCUGUGUUUGCUAGCUUGGCUAAUGUGCUGGGCCAGUGGGACAAUCUGCCUAGUCCUGUUCCAACAGACAUCAAAGAUCACAAACUGUUCGACGUGGAGACAAAGUAUGGUUUACUCCAGAUAUCUGAGGGCCUCUCCUUCCUGCACAGUGGCGUGAAGAUGGUGCAUGGUAACCUGUGUCCAGAGAACAUCAUCCUGAAUAAGAGCGGCGCAUGGAAAAUCAUGGGCUUCGAUUUCAGCAUCUCUUCCAGCAACCCGUCAGAUGCCGAGCCCAAAUAUGUAUGUAAAGAAUGGGACCCCAAUCUACCCCCUCUCUGUCUGCCUAAUCCGGAAUACGUGGCUCCAGAGUACAUCCUGUCAGUCAGCUGUGACUCCGCCUCUGAUAUGUACUCACUGGGCGUGGUCAUGCAUGCAGUCUUCAAUGAGGGGAAGCCAGUGUUUCAUGUCAAUAAGCAGGAUAUUUUCAAGAGCUUCAGCCGGCAACUAGACCAGUUGAGUCGUCUGAAUCCAGGAGUGCUGAGUAAGAUCCCGGAGGAAGUGAAAGAGCACGUGAAGAUGCUGCUGAGCGUCACAGCCAACGUGAGACCCGACGCGGACCAGAUGACAAAGAUCCCAUUCUUUGACGACGUGGGUGCGGUGACGCUGCAGUAUUUCGACUCUUUGUUCCAGAGAGACAAUUUACAGAAGUCACAGUUCUACAAAAACCUUCCCAAAAUCCUUUCCAAGCUGCCCAAGAGAGUGAUAGUGUACCGGAUCCUUCCAGCCCUCACCUCUGAGUUUGUGAAUCCGGACAUGGUACCAUUUGUGUUGCCUAACGUGCUGCUCAUCGCCGAAGAGUGCACCAAAGAAGAGUAUGUGCGCCUGAUCCUACCAGACCUCACCCCUGUGUUCAAACAGCAAGAACCCGUUCAGGCCAGCAACAUGAUUCUGCUAAUAUUCUUACAAAAGAUGGACCUGCUUCUGACCAAGACGCCGACCGGGGACAUAAAAAACAGUGUGCUUCCGAUGGUGUACAGAGCACUAGAAGCUCCCUCUACUCAAAUCCAGGAAUUGUGCCUGAAUAUUAUCCCCACCUUUGCCAACCUGAUUGACUAUCCGUCCAUGAAGAACGCGCUUAUCCCUCGGAUCAGAUCGGCUUGUUUACAGACGUCCUCUCUGGCUGUGAGGGUGAACUCUUUGGUGUGUCUCGGGAAGAUUCUGGAAUAUCUAGAUAAGUGGUUUGUCAUCGAUGAGAUCCUCCCAUUCUUACAGCAGAUACCGUCCCGUGAGCCUGCUGUCCUCAUGGGCAUUCUGGGCAUCUAUAAGUGCACAUUUACUCAUAAGAAGUUAGGAAUCCCAAAAGAGCAUCUUGCAGGAAAAAGUCUGCCUCAUCUGGUCUCUCUUAGUAUCGACAACAACCUUAAUCUCAGCCAGUUUAACUCUUUCAUGGCUGUAAUCAGAGAGAUGCUGAAUCGGAUGGAGGCAGAGCACAAGACCAAGCUGGAGCAGCUGCAGAGCAUGCAGGAGCAGCAAAGGAGCCUUAAUCUAAACCAGUUAAAUCCAUCAGACGAGACAAAGAGCAACCCCAGUCCACCCAGUCAAGUUCAAGACAUCGAUGACGUCUUUGGUGGGAGCUCUGGAGUGAACGGCAAAGAGAACGGCUCCUCUGCCGCUCCCUCCCAGCCCUCGAGAGUUUCUCUGACACUGGAGGAGAAGCAGCGCUUGGCUAAGGAACAAGAGCAAGCGGCAAAGCUGAGGAACCAGCAGCCUCUGGCCCCACAGAGCAUCAAACCUGCCUCAACAUCCUCAAGCACACAGGCAAAAGACCUGACCAGCAGUCUCCUGAACAACAUGAACUCACUGAACAGUCUCUCUCUGAGUUCUGGCUCUCGAACGGCACCCAUGCAGACGGGCACUCUCUCAUCUGGCUUCUCCUCCACACCCACUAUGGCUGGCAUGGGCACCCUGGCCCCCAUCAGCAAUGGGUUCAACUCUCCCAUGGGCUUCCAAACAGCAGGUAUGGGCAUGCAGACUACUGCACCCGGUGUUUAUGGAGGCAUGGCCAGCACCAACAGUACCCCAAACUUCAAUGCCCUCUCACAGAACCAGAAUCAGUCCAGCAAGCCAGCCGAUAUGUCUGCUCUGGACUCGCUAUUCUCAGCUAACAAGCCCAAAGUCAGCCUCAACCAAAUGGUUCCCAAACCAGCUACAGGUGCUGCACCCUCCCCCUGGAUAAACCAGCUUGGUGCAGGCCAGCCCUCUCAGACUGCACCCAUGCAGGCACUACCGAUGGGAAUGACUGGGGUUCAGGGAGGGUUCGGGAUGCAGGCUAACCCUUUCUUCAGCCCUCAGAACUUCUCUCAGCCUGCUGCUGCUCCCACCAUGAAUACAGGCAUGCUGAAGCAAAGCAUGUCGGUCAAUAACGAUCUGAAAGACCUCUUCGGUUAAAAGGCUUCUUUGUUUGCAUUUGACUAGUGACGGAAAGUGAAAGGAGAUAAAUCAAGGCAGACCUUUUUUUUUUUUUUUUCUCUUCCCCCUAUUGUGCUGAACCUUACAGUCAAUCAGAGGAUGACCACCAGCCUUAACCACGCAGGGUCACAUGUCACACAGGACUGUUCUCCCUGUCCGAAUGCUGCCUAUUAGGCUUAAACCUAUUCAGUUGGCUUUUUCUCUAAACACACAAGAUAUCAGACUUUUCCCCUAAAUAAGGAGAAUGGCAUGGGUAAAACAACGGUGGCGCUUCACACAGUGAAGACAACAAUUUACUUGAAUGGGAAAUGGUGCAGGAUCUUUUUUACUAGCUUUCCACCUUCUUGGUCUACUUUUGGAAGAGUGAGUUUGGAACCUGAGUAUUUUGGUCAUUUGUAGCCAUCACUAAAGAAUUCCCUCUUGUUGCUUACAACACAACACCAGGACUUUCUGUAAUCAUUUACAAUUAGCUCUGUCCUGGAAAAAAUCAAAGCAAAUAUCUGAUGUAACUACUAACAAACAUCCUCCAACUUGGUGAUGCAUUGUUUAUAGCGAGGUUUAGGGUCAUACAUUCCUUCAAUUGUGCACUUUUUUACUGUUCCAUGUGAACUCACUGAGCUGUUUUAUUGUUUUUGAGUCUAACAGGCUGAAUUCAGCAGUGUUUGAUGCCCAAUUGAAUCGUCUCAAUUGACGACCCAUUAGUUUUCAAUUAGAUAUAAAGUCAUUUUUGUGUAAGUUGCUUUCAGUGCUCUAAACAGCAAUCUGAUUAUGGACCAAAAUAGCCUUCAUGCCGCUCCAUCGUAAUUCUGUUACUGAUAGGCAUCACUUAAUAAAUCUCAAAUUAUUCAAUUUCAAAUUAAAUUGUGACCGAUGCAUCUGAUUCUGUGUUGUUUUGCAUCAGGAGAAAUACUAAUCCCCCCCCCCCCAUUUCCCAGUUGCACAUGCCGCUCGUAAGGUGAAUUAAUACAGAAUUAUUAACUGCAGCAGUCCAGUUAAGAUGAUGCAGAUACAGCUCAAAAGCUUCAAACGUUGUAACAUGGAUGUUGGUUCCAGAUGAGCUGGUUUGAAUGUUUUUAGGAUGUUUUUACUGUGUAUUAUGUUCUGUGUAUACUUUCCGUGUGUUCACUUUUGGGAAAAAUACCCAAACCAUUCUGUCUGCUAGCAACAUCCAUGCAACGUUUCUCCCAAUUCUGAUGUUUGAUGUGCAAAUUAACUUAAGCUCUUGACCUGUUUCUGCAUGAUUUUAUACAUUGCACUUCUGCCACAUGAUUAGAUGAUUGUAUAUCUGCAUCAAUGUGCAGGUGGAAUGUUUCAGGUUAGCAUCAGCACAAUGUCAAUAUUCAAUGUAGGAUCAAUGCGUCACUUCUCACCAGUGUUGUGGAGUAAAUUAAUCCCGAAACUCGUUUGCGCUAGUCAUUUAAUUCUAGCCCAGCUAUUCAGAUUUGAAUCAUCUAGUAUUUCAGGAACGGACCACACUCACACUUUGGUGAAAUUGUGGUCCUGAUAAUGGCUGAUGUGAAGUGUGAGGAUAUGAUUGUGUUUAGAUGAGAAUGAGAGAAUGUUUUGUAUUUUUUACACAUACAGUAUGCUGGAGUUAUUAUGAGCUAACGGUAUGGUAUUGGAGCAAAUUUUUGUUGUCCGUGACAGAAGCAGACAGCGUAUAGACAGGUGUAGUUCUUUGAUCUGGAAAGAUUUCUCUAUGGGUAUAAAUUCGAAUCUGAUCUACAAACCUUCAGUGAACUGUAGCGUACGUGUAGGUCUUGCUUUGUGUUUGUCCAGCUGCUUUCGUUUAGUUUGUGUGAGUCAUUUCUGUUUAGUGCUUUGCCUUUCUCGUUACUGAUUGUUUUUACUUGAGCCCACGUGACCGUAGCAUCGACACUGAACAGAUUAAAAAAUUGACAGACCUAAGCUUUUAUUCUUUAUCAUGACCAAAUAGAUAUCACGAUUGUGUAUUAUAUUUACAUAUCAUAUGAAUAACGUUUAUAGUAAAAUGAGAUUUAUUCACAUUAGUUAACAUGUUUCUGUCUUUUUUUUUUUUUUUUUUUUUUAAUAUAUUAUCCUGGGAUCACUUGUAUAAAGGGGGACCUCUGAGUACAAAUGUACAAAAGAUAGAAGCCUUAUAAGAAGAGAGGUGUGCAAUAAUAGGUCUUGGAAGGGUUUUGUCAAAUUGACUUGAAGUCAAUUGCGUGUUGUACUACAUCUGGUUUUCAUAUAUGGACAGAGUCGUUUCCAGUUAUUUUACAUUUAAGAUGAAAGUAAGAA